AGGAAGGGCUCUGCAUGGAGAACCGCGGGGGCGGGCGGCCGUCGGCGAGUGCAGCACUCACAGGCCGUGGGCUAGGGGCACCCCACGCACACAGACACGGGGGGCCGCUCACCUCUGUGACAGGGAUGUGGCCACGUGGGGUGCCCGGGCGGCGCGUGAACAGCAGCGCGGGGUGCGGUCCUGCGCCCCCAGCUUUGCCGCCUUCUCCGCUGUGCGCUGGCAGCGAGCGCCGCCGACUCCUUGCUGCGAGCCGGGCUCCGGGAAUUACGGUUCCCAGAUGCUUUGGCGCGUCUCCGCCUGGCUGGCUGCGCUGCAGGACGCGCCCGCCCGCCGCCGCUCCGGGGAGGGAGGAGUUGGGCUGGGGACAAAGGGUUUCGGACUAGAGAGGUUGGGGAUGGGGAGCUGGGGUUGUGAGCCGGGGGGUAGCGGUGACUGGGAGCUAACGCUUGGGGCUGGCUGGGGAGUUUGCAAGCACAGCAAGGCAAAGACGGCAGGAGAGCAGCUGCUGCGAGGAGUCAAGACCCUACAGGCAGCGCCACUGAUCUGUGGUCAUUUUUUCACAUGUGUCCAAGAGGAGAUGAAGCACAUUGGAUUCUGCAUAAUUUGGCUUUGGAUGGCAAUUCUCUUCCUCCUUCCUGUUUCAACUUAUAUGGCAGCCACUGACAAGACAGUUACAAUGUGUCCUAUAAUGAGACCAGAUGGACAUCAGCUUAGACAUAUCUACAAAGAAAAUCUUGAUGUUUCAGGUUUUGAUCUAGCAGAAAGCUUUUCUCUGAGACAGGCAUCUUGUGGAGGUGAAAAAACCUGUUUUAAACUGGGAAGCACACCUCUUAUCAGAGACACUCGGCAAGUAUUUCCAAAUGGGCUUCCUGAAGAAUAUUCUUUAAUAGCCACAUUCCGUGUGAGACGAAACACCAGAAAGGAACGGUGGCAUAUAUGGCAAAUUUUAAAUCAGUCUGACAUCCCACAGGUGUCUGUCAUAGUUGAUGGUUCAAAAAAAGUUGUGGAAUAUAUAGCCAAAUCCGCUCCGGGAAACGUGCUACACCACACCUUUAAAAAUCGGGAAAUUUAUCCUCUCUUUGAUCGGCAGUGGCAUAAGCUUGCCGUUAGUAUACAGUCAAGGAUCGUUUCCCUCUAUGUGGAUUGUAACUUAAUUGAGAGAUGGCAGACUGAUCUAAAGGACUCCAUUGACUUUCAAGGAAGGACUUUCAUUGCUGCUCGAGCUGCAGAUGACAAGCCUGUAGAUAUUGAACUUCGCCGCAUAAUAAUUUAUUGUAACCCAAAAUUUGCAGCUCAAGAGACCUGUUGUGAAAUAUCUGAGGGCAUGUGCCCACUGGAGGACAGUUUCAUUACUACUUCUUCGUCACCAGUGACUGUUCAUGUCAGCAAAAUACAUGCUCUUCCAGUAACACAGCAGGAGUCUAAAGACCUAUGCCUCUGCUUUCCAAACAAAGGUGAAGCAGGAUUGCCAGGAGUAGCUGGUUUGCCAGGUCUGAAAGGAGAUAAAGGAGAAAAGGGUGAAGUGGGUGUUAAAGGAGAAAAUGGUGUUUCUGGGCUUCCUGGGGAAAAGGGGGAAGAUGGCUUAGUAGGUGUUCCUGGCCUUCCUGGUUCCAAGGGAGAACGUGGCUUUGAGGGUAAUAAAGGAGAAGAAGGUGAAAAGGGUGAGAAGGGAGAUCAAGGAGAACCGGGACCUGAAGGCAUGCAUGGAAGAGAUGGCUUAAAAGGUGAUCCUGGUCUGGCUGGUCCUAAGGGAGAAAAGGGAGAUGAAGGGCCUCCAGGACAAGCUGCUUUACCGGGUUUGCCAGGGCUAGAAGGUCCUCCAGGUCCACCAGGGAAAGAAGGUCAGAGGGGAAGGCGAGGUAAACCGGGACUCCCUGGUAAACCAGGAUCACCAGGACCUCCGGGUGUUGCAGGACAACUAGGAUUACCUGAGGCUGCUGGACAUAAAGGACAAAAGGGAGAAAUUGGUCGGCAAGGAGAAAUGGGCUUAACUGGUGCAAAAGGUGAAAAGGGAGAGUCUUCUGAAAAAGGAGAAAAAGGGGAUCCAGGGGAAAUUGGAAUGAAGGGAUCACAAGGAAUUAAGGGUGAAACAGGAGAUCGUGGUCCUCCUGGACUCACUGGAAAUCCAGGAUCAGAGGGACUGCAAGGUCCUCCAGGACCCAUUGGACCCAGAGGACAUCCAGGAGAAGUUGGUUUACCGGGAGAGCCUGGGAUACCAGGAAAACCAGGAAUUAAAGGAGAAAAGGGUGAUUCUGGUGGAAUUAUAGGGCCUCCUGGACAUCCAGGUCCAAGAGGUGAGACAGGACCCCCUGGGCCAAGUCUGCCUGGGAAACCAGGUCUGGCUGGCACUCCUGGAACCCCAGGUCCACGAGGGCCUAAGGGUGAAAGAGGACUGCCUGGCGUACAAGGGUCUCCUGGAGAGAUGGGGCCACUUGGAAUAGGAAUUCAAGGACCUCCUGGUCCUAAAGGUCCAUUUGGGGAACCAGGUGCCCAGGGCCCUAGAGGACCCCCUGGAUUACCUGGAACUCCAGGUACCCCAGGUGCUGAUGGUAGUCCAGGACCAGAUGGGAAGCCAGGACUUCCUGGUCCUCCAGGUGACCCAAUUGCACUUCCACUUUUGGGAGACGUGGGUGCUUCAUUGAAGGGUGAUACUGGGCCGAGAGGUCCUCCAGGAAUCCCUGGUAGGGAGGGACCAAAGGGAAGCAAAGGUGAACGUGGAUUUCCUGGACUUUCUGGAGAGAAAGGUGAUGAGGGUCUUCAAGGUAUUCCAGGACUCCCUGGUCUAACAGGACCUAAUGGACCUUCUGGAGCAGUAGGAAGACCUGGACAUCCUGGUCCAGUUGGGGCAAAAGGAGAAAAGGGUAAUGAGGGUUCUCCUGGAAAGCCUGGAUCACCUGGACCUCCAGGUAUGCCUUACAAUGAAAGGAAUGGAAUGAGCAGCUUAUAUAAGCUACAGGGAGGUGUAAGUGUUGCUACUUAUCCUGGUCCGCCGGGCCCUCCUGGUCCAAAAGGUGAUCCUGGCACAAUGGGAGAACCAGGUCCAAUGGGACUACCUGGACUGGAGGGAUUUCCAGGAGAAAAGGGAGAUCAGGGACCUACUGGUUCACCAGGAGCACCAGGGUUACCAGGAAAGACUGGAUCUCCAGGACCACCGGGAAUGCCAGGGGAACCAGGUGGAAGAGGCCCUGUAGGAGACAUCGGCUUUCCUGGGCCAGAAGGGCAAUCUGGAAUACCAGGAAUAAAUGGAAAAGAUGGAUUGCCAGGACCUCAGGGUCUGAUGGGAAGAGCAGGUGACAGAGGUCCCAAAGGAGAACGUGGAGAUCAAGGUAUUCCAGGGGACAGAGGCCCGCAAGGUGAAAGAGGAAAACCUGGCCUUCCAGGAGAAAAGGGGGUUAUAGGACCUGCUGGACCACCAGGAGACAGGGGUUAUCCAGGAUCACCAGGUCAUCAGGGUUCCCCAGGUUCCCCAGGUCUUCCGGCUGACACAGUUUCAUUUGAAGAAAUGAAAAAAUACAUCAAACAAGAGGUUCUUAGGGUUUUUGAAGAGAGGAUGGCUCAGUUUCUAUCCCAACUGAAGCUGCCAGCUGCAAUGUUAGCUUCCCACGGUCAUGGGAAACCAGGUCCACCAGGAAAAGAUGGAUUACCAGGGCCACCAGGAGAACCUGGACCUCAAGGUUACAGAGGACAGAAGGGGGAAAGAGGUGAGCCUGGUAUUGGACUCCCAGGUAAUCCUGGUCCACCUGGCCCUUCAGCCACUGGUGUGCCAGGCCUCCCAGGCCCUCCAGGAUCACCAGGUCCCCAGGGGCCUUCAGGGCCGAGCGGAAGGUGCAACCCAGCAGAUUGUUACUAUCACGUAUCUCAGGCUCGACAGCGUGCCAGUGGGAAAUAAACAUCCCUCCAGAGACACUUUGGUUCAUGUUUAUACCUUAUUUCCCUUUAUGAAUCAAUUUAAUCUUCAUAAUACUUAGUGCAUUUUGUCCAUAUAUAUACUGCACAAUAUAUAGACAUUUUAUAGAGCACUUAUAUCGAGCCUUUUACUACAUUAAUUGCUGUGUUGGAGUUUUGAUAUGAUUUUGUGAGUUCAUUCCAUGUGUUAUACUUUUACUGUUUCUCUGGUUUAGAGAGGCAACAGGCCCAAAUAGUUCUUAUGAGCUUUUCUCUUCAAACAAAAUUUAUUUUCUUACAACUUGAUGAUCUUAAGACAGUACAGAUUUUUUCAGUCUUGUUAAUACUGGUUUUAUUCAUCUUAUUACAGAGUGAAUUACAGUUGUAGAGUUUUUAAAUUCACAUGUUCACACUGAAGUUUAUUUUCUUAGGUAGGGUGCUGGGGAACUCUGUUCAUACCAAAUGUUACUGUUCACUUCAGAAAGUCAUGGCAUAGGUUUCCACACCCAGCUGACCUAUGCUUACAAAGCACACCCAGGACAUUCAAGCUCGCUUGAAUUACUUCUGUGGAGCCAAAGGGGGAGAUGAAGAUUUUGUUAUGAUAUCCUCUCUACCCUUGUGCACCAUAUUGCUGGAUUCAGACUGUCUAGAAAUUUAUCAUAUCUGGCCAAUAAAGGCAUUUCCUAUCACUGAAUGAUAAUCCAGUUCAGAACUGGCUCAUUCACUUAACUUCAGGUGCAUAAAUCCAAGAUAGCCAGUUGUUGGGGGUUUGGCUUUAUUUUUAGCUUGGAACUAAAUUAGUGAUGGCACAUCCUUCAACAAAUAGUUAUAACCAUAUAAUAUGUGGUCUCCGAGUUGUCUACACUCAAAUUAAUCUGGUAGGCAGGCAUUAUCCCUGCUUGCAAUGUAAAGACCUUUUACUUUAGAGUGUAGGUACUAGACAAUGAUAGGGUCAAUGAGGCAACCUUUAAAACUCAGCAAGUGGUACCCGGGCAACAUGUAUUUCCUUGAUUACCUCAUUACACUAACAGUACGGGCCAAAAAAGGAUAUCUGUACAGGGACAGAUUAGAAUGCAAAAAGACUAGUUGGAUGCCACAAGACGGCUUAGAAACAUGUGAAAAUCACUUUGGAAAGGCAUCAUGGAGCAUAACUGGAUACCGUUUCCAAACACUUUGUGUGACUCUUACCAUGGCAGACGCUAUCACUAGAAAACAAAAUAGAAUGAAGUGAAAUGAAUCCUACAGACAUUUAAGAAGUGGAUCAUUUAGCAACCGGUCAACAACAAUGAAUAAAAUGUUCAGUCUUGCAGGGCUAAUGAAAAGAGGCUUUUUUUCUCCCCAAGAUCCCCUCUGGAUUAUCUGAAACAGAUGAAGCCAGAUCAUCUGAGUAUUAGCCUCAUUCAUUCCCUGGGAUAGAUGUAGGGUUACAUGACAAGUUUUAUAGUUUCAUAGAGUUUAAGACCAGAAGGGACCUUCAGCUCACUAAUCUCACUUGAAACUAUCGUGCUAGAAACUGCAAAUGUAGUUGUAAUCAAGGACCACAGAGUAAAUCGGUAGGGAUGGUGGAAAACAAAGCUCUAUCCUACCAGCGGGUUGUUAGUGGUUCUCUUGGAUUGUGCUCAGCUAAGUGGUUAUAUACAGUAUGAGCUAGGGGAGACAGAAUUUCUUUAUCCACAGCUAUCAAUGGAUCAUUGCCAUAUCUUGGCCUCUCGGACCUCAAAAGAGACAUCCAGAAGAAUUUUUCUUUUUACUAUGCAAAUGGGUAUUAGAGAAGCUGAAGUGUGUAUGCCUUCAGAGAACCUACAGUGAAAAUGAAAUUUGGUUUGAAUAGAGUUCCUAGCAAGUACAUCUAGAUUGAGACAGAUUUUAAAAUGGGUUGCUUUGUUCAGAUGCACCCAUGACUGUAUGGUUCAAAUUCUCUUCUGGCAUAAUUCCGUUGAAGUCAGUGAAUUUAUACCAGCAGAAAAAUUGGCCAUAUAUGUUUUCAGUUUAGUUACAUGAACUGCUGGUCAGGUAUAUUGCAUGGGUUUUUUUUUUUAAGUUGGUUUAUUUGUACUUCUCUAGUGAUUCCAAAUCUUAUUUAAAAUAUUUUUUUAACUUUAUAAAUUAAUUUUAAACUUCACUUCCUUCCUGUGAUAAUACCAAAAAAGGGUGCUGUCUUUUAAGAAAGUGACAUGAUUAUUUCUAGAAUGCUAUACAGAACAGUGUAUAUAGAUAUAUUACUUGGUGUUAUCUGUAUAUUUUGGGCAUUUUCCUGGCUGAACUACAACUCUGAAAGCUUGUAACUUACCUAGCCUGAUUUUAUAAAUGUUAAUUUACUUGAAUUUUAAAAAGAUUAUUUUUUCAUACACAUUUCCAACAGGUGCUUUUUUCCCCCCUCAUUUUUGACUCAUUAUUAGAGUUUUUAAAAUCUGUAUCUGAACAUUUUGAAGUUCUCCAUCAGUAACUGUGUUGGUAAUGAUUAAUUUAUUUCACACUGUCUUUUUUGGUUAAUGAUUUUUCAUUUUGAUAUAGACCCAAUUUAAUUUCUCAUGAGAAAAAGAGUGUUUUGUAAUAUCAGGUACCUGUAUACCAUUUCCAAUAUGCUGAGCCACAUUCUGUGUUUGGAUAGAAUGGCAUCAUUCUGGAUUAACUCUACUUUUAUACUGUGUUAUUUCCAUUUUACAUGAUUAGAACUGAAAGCAGAAUGUGGCCUGAAACAUGCUUCUCAUUUGGCAGGCUUUAUCUUUAAAAAAUUUUUUGCAGUUUCAGAUUAAUGUUUCCUUGAUUUAUACCUAUUUUGAGGAUUUUACUUUACUUCUUCAAUUUCAUUUAUAUGUUUGUUAACAAACGUGUGCUAUAGUAAAUGUUGCCUAAUACAAGAGGAUUAUCUUUCUGAGAGCACAAGAUAUUUUUCUGAACUAGGAUAUUUUUAGCUAGAACAAUAUUUAGAAUUGAAAUAUGAUGAGAUAUAAUAUUAAUAGGUCCUUUAAAUUGUUCUAGAUUAGUUUUGAGAUAUUUGGAAUAUACCAGGACCAGUUUCCUGUAUUUCUUAUCACUUAAAAUCCUACUGUCCAAUAUUUAUGAAGAUAACUUUGGAAUUUUCUUAAAGUGGCUGGUAUAUUUGGAACUGUUUAGAUUUGCUUCAGGAAAGUAAUAAAGCUGCUGUGGCUUAGUUAAUGUCAAAACCUUUCAGAGUUAUUCAGAGCCUAUGCUAUAUACCUCCUUUUGUCCACAUGGUGGUACUCAGGACACUUUUGUUAGUGCAAAGGAUUGAACAGAGACUGAACUCUAAAAAUGGAAGGCAGGAAACAGUGCAGUGUAGAUAUAUUACAUCUUGUGCCGUCUUUCCACUUUUAUCCUUGAGCCUAAUAUAUUUUUUCUAAAAUUUACAGUUUGUUUUUAGACAGCAGUGUUUGCAGAAAUACUGCCUUUAUUGGAUGAAUAUUUCCAGAUUAUAUGACAUAGGUUUUAUUUAUGUUUUAUAUAUGCAUAUAAUGCAGGAGAUUGUACAGUAAGAAAACAUGUCACUUCUAUACAUCAGUUUAUCUCCACCAUAAGGGUAUGCAUCUUUAAGGGAGCGGUAAGUUUAUUGGAGUAUUGAGUAAAUCGUAGAGUAGGGUGCUUUUUAAAAUCAAGUAGCAUUGCAAUCUACUUGUGAUCUUUUACAUUAAAGUUUUUAAUACAUGGAUAUUUUGUAUAAAUAAACUGUAUUUAAUUUCAGUGGUAAAAUAAGCACAUAGGUUUCUGUAGUAUAGUAUUAGGAUUGGUUUCCCAUGUUAUCAAUCCUCCCUUUGUGUUUUCUGAUCAUGUGUUAUUGACAAAUAUACAUGUUUACCUGAUAGGUAAGGCUAAGUGUGAAGUAAUUUCUUAACUCACUGAUAACCAUUUCAUAAAAUAUUUUAGUGCUUCUGAUUGUCAGGAUGGUGAGCUAUUCCUUUUCAUGUCAGCCGGUGCCCAGCUUUAUGGAAUACAUCAUCUGUUUCUUUUCUUUGGCCUUUUUAUAGUAUUUCAUGUGUUGUCUGUAGUGUUACAUAACAGUUGUAUGAAGAAACAUGAUCUAGAUGGUUUAUAUUAUAUACACAUCUGUUUUUCAAACAUACUGCAAUGUCAUCACAUCUGUUUUUCAAACAUACUGCAAUGUCAUCUAAGGUCUUUAAAUUUUAUCUAUUUACUAAAAUGACUGCUGUGAUAUAAAAUUGUUUUUGUUCAAAUAAUAGGAGUCUCAGAAAUCAAAAUUAAAGUUGACAUUAAUUGUUACUGAAUAAUUUUUACUUCAUAUUCUGUGUAUAUCAAGAAGCAUACAUUUAUCUCUGAAAUGUGGCCAAAACUAAAAUAGAUCCAGAAGUACAUGAUAUCUAAAUCCAGCUCCAUCUACCAUGUUUGGUAUGGCUCAUGAAGGCUUACAAAUUUAACUAUCUUUGCCUAAAAAAUGUGUGGUUCAAAUGGAAAAUCCAAGCUUUAUCAUACCAUAAGAGAAUGUGUAUAACAUAUGGUAUGCUAACAGAAAUGUUAUGUGUUAAUAGACCAAAACAAGCUCAUACAUGUAAAGAAUGUAAUCUACAAAGAUUUUGAGACUUAUCUCAGAAAAGUGAUGCAUUUAAUUACAUACUGAAUUUUUCACUGUAAAUAUAUUUUGUCUCAGUUCAUAGUUUGAAGAAUUUGAUGAUGCACUGUAUUUUAUUGUUGUAUUUCAUUUUCAAAUAACAUUUAGCUGUCAUUGAAUUCAUCAUGGUACAUGCAUACUGAUAAAUAGAGCCCUGAAAAUCUGCAGAUAUCCGCGGACUAUGUUUGCAGAUCGUGAAUCAGAUGCGGAUACAAAUUUUGUAUCCACGCAAGGCUCUAGUGAUCAAUAUUAUACUUCUUGGCCCCAUUAAUUUUUUCUCAACAUUUAAAGUUCAAUUCAGUGCAUACAUGUUAAGUGGAUUACAAGAUAUUCUUCACUGCCUUGUACCUUGCAUGGUCAUUUACAUCUGUGUCAGAUCCUACCAGAUGAGAAUGGUAAUGGUUUACACAUUUCGUAGAUGUGACAAUGAUAACACAAAGUUCAAAGUCAGGUAAAGCACAAAAGGGACGAUUAAGGCCAGGUUCAGUGGAAGAACCAUCGACCUAGCUACCGCCUCUCAGGGAGGUUGAUUAACUUCAGCAACAGGAGAACUUCUCCCAUUGCUGUAGUAAGUGUCUACACUGAAGUGCUACAGCAGCACAGCUGCAUCAGAGUAGCUGUGCUGCUGUAGCAGUUUAAGGGUAGACAUAGCCUCAGCCACAAAUGAGUAAAUUCUGGUUUUGCUUUUCACUAUGGCCAGUAUUUUCAAAUGUAGUUACCUACGGCUGGAUAUCUGGGCUGAAAUCACAGCUUCAUUGAAGUCAAUGGGAGUUUAACUUCACCGUAGCCAGGAUUUCACUCUUAAUCUGUGUAUAGACAUCUCAGUGUGGACUGAUUUUUCAGAGCUUCCAUUGACUUCCAUGGGAACUGAGACUCAGCCCAUCUGAAAAUCAGAUAAUCCUAGUUAGUUGUCUAAAUAUGGGUUAAUGUAGGUGCCUAUUUUUAGAUACCUGCAUUUGAAAAUUUAAUAUAAAUGUCCAACUCUCCCAUGAGGAAAAGAGCACAGGGGCUAGAUGGAGUUGAAAGGGCACUAGGCAGCAUUUUGACCAGUAAUGAUGAUUUUCUUCUCAAGAUAAAGUUAGCUGCCUCAGCAAGCUCACUGCACCUAUUGUCUAAGGUUUUCAGUCUUUAUCGAUAAUUUCACAGAAAUGCAGAUUACGGCAAGGUUUUCUUAUUAUAACUAUAAUCAAAUUAAUGAACUGAAAAAUAAAGGAUUAUGACAAAAUUAAAAUGGGAGUGGAAAGGGCCUUGCAAAAGAAGAGAACUGAUGUACAUAUUGUCUCUCUUCCUUCUCUUUGUUGCCUGUGGCACUGUAACAAAGAACAUAGUGACCUUAUUUUAAGCAACAGCUUAGAGAAAGGAAGCAAAGAACCCAUGACCAGUUAAUAAUACCAAAACCAGGGGCAUCCAUCAUCUCCUUGACAUAUCCAGUCAUCAGGUCAAGGUUUCAUGCAAUGACUCCAGCAAUUAAAAACAUAUUUGUAUGAGUGAUAUUUGCUUGUACCAUGUAGCAUAACUACUAGCUGCUACCAGGAAAAAUCCUUAAUGUCUGUGAAACCAAGGCAUGGAGUCCAUUGGUCCAAAAGGGCUUAAGCACCUAAACUGCCACUUUUUGUACCUAAAUCUCAGAAGCAGGGCCCUCUUCCUCUUCCCAUCCCCACACCCAUCUUCUUGCAAAAAUGGCAAGGCACCUAACCUCAAGAGAGGUUUUGCAGCUGAGAAAUCCCACACAGAGGGAGGUACCUCCCUUCAGCCCAGAGUUAGGCUGAGAGGCAGGGCUUAGAAUACACACUUCUUCUUUACUUCUCCUAUUAGGUAGCUUUGGUGAGCAGCCACAUAGCACAUUGGCUUUUGUGAAUGACAUUCUGAGGCACCUGACUCUCCCCAUUCAUUGCACAGGGAGGCUUUUUGAAUCCCAGUGAUUUUUUAGGUAUAAUGAAGCUGAGCAUCACCAUACCUACAUUUUUUAUGAAUCUAGUCCAUGAUUUCUCACUCUGUCUCUUUCUUCCUGACAAAGUAGCCUUGUUUCAUCUAGUGCCUCUUUCCUCAGAGGGAGUUGUAGAGUGGUGGCAGAAAGCCAAAUUCCACUCGUUUACACCCAGGCAACCUCAGAUCCAAGAAAUGAAAUAUUUGCAACACUCAAAAUCUAUACUCUCUAGUAACCCAACUAUCGAGACCAACUAUAAACCACUUCUAAAAAUAAAGCAUCUGUAAUCAACUGUUAGAAUCAUAGAACAAUAGGAUUAGAAGGGACCACAAGGUCAUCUAGUCUAACCCUCUGCCAAGAUGAAGGAUUUGUUGUAUCUAAACUAUCCAAGACAGAUGACUAUCCAGCCUC